AUGAAAGAAGGAGAUUUGAAAAAUUAUAUAUUAUUUGAGGAAGAAAAUAAUAUAAGAAGUGAUCGUUUCUGUUACGACUAUUCAAAUCCAUCCCCUACAAAAAAAACACCAAAACAUUUUACAUCCUAUAAAGAUGAAAUGAAUAAAAAUAGUCUGCUUAAAAGAUCAUCACGUAAACAAAAAGAAUUUAAAUAUGACAUCACGGGCCUUAGUCGAAUGUGUAAUGAUCGAUAUAUUGAUAUGAAAAUGAAUCAAAUAAUGUUUUUACGAUCACUUAUUUUACUACAAAAUAAAUUGAACACUAUUGCUAUGAACAAUAUAAAUAAUUAUAUAACCACCUCUCACGAUUCCAGAAGACACAAUAUCCCUAUGUUAUGGCUUCAUGAUAACAAAACGGUUUAUUCAAUGUAA